GUUGGAGGCGCGCGGGGACACGAGAGAGAGGAAAGAGAAAAAAAAAACUCAACCAUCAUCAAUGCGCUGGCGGUGCGGGGUCACGAACUAUGACCUUUAACAGAAGAAAACCAAAACAAAUAUUUUAUAAAAUAGCAGAGAGCCCGAAAUCUGUGACCAGCGUUUCUUGGAGACCUCACUAAUGACCCUGACAUCAUCAUGACGACCAACCUGAAUCUGCUCUCUCAGCAGAAAGCGGACUCAGAGCGCGAGGCAGAGGUGUCAUCCUCUCCUUCAGACUCAGUGAUGAGUGAGUCUCCACAGCGCUUUCAGGUCAUCUCCACUGAUCCCGCCACAACACCACAAAGAAUACAGAUUGUAACAGACCAGCAGACAGGUCAGAAGAUCCAGAUUGUGACAGCAAUGAAGCCGUCCUGUGCUCCCAAACAGCAGUUCAUUCUGACUACGGCCGACAGCUCAGGGGCCGGCAAGGUCAUCCUGGCCUCACCAGACAGCCAUGACACUAAGCAACUCAUCUUCACUGCUGCAGACAGCCUGAUGCCAGGAAGGAUACAGAUUGUCACAGAUCCAGUGUCAAUGGAACGGUUGUUAGGGCAGUCAGGGGACUUGAGCCGACCACAGCCAGUGGAGUACUGUGUGGUGUGUGGGGACAAGGCUUCAGGGCGUCACUACGGAGCAGUCAGUUGUGAGGGAUGUAAAGGCUUCUUCAAGCGGAGCGUGAGGAAGAACCUGACCUACAGCUGCCGCAGUAAACAGGACUGCAUCAUCAACAAACACCACCGCAAUCGCUGCCAGUUCUGUCGGUUGAGGAAAUGCCUUAACAUGGGGAUGAAAACUGACUCUGUCCAGAGUGAGAGAAAGCCCAUUGACGUAGUGCCCAGAGAGAAGCAUGCCAACUGUGCUGCCUCCACCCAGAAGAUCUACAUUCGCAAAGACCUAAACAGUCCGCUCAUCGCCACGCCAACCUUCAUCUCCGAUACAGAGACAGAUGGCUCCAGAUCCAGCCUGCUGGACCAGGGCAUGCUGGUUAAUAUCCAGCAGCCUGUCAUCCAAAGUGAUGGAACGUUGCUGCUGGCCACUGACUCAAAGAUGGAUCCUGGCCAGGGAGACUUGGGGACACUAGCCAAUGUGGUAACAUCACUGGCAAACCUGAGUGACUCACUAAGAGAGACUCUAAACAAUGGUGAUACCUCAGACAGCCAACAUGAGGAGCAAUCUGCCAGCGAGAUAACACGUGCCUUUGACACCCUGGCCAAAGUUUUCAACCCACCUGAAGUAGGGGUUGGACUGAGUCUGGCAGAGAAGCCUCCGUGUGUCGGUGGAACAACCAUCCAGCUGAUUGGUCGAGACCAGGAGACCCCCAUCAUUGAGGUGGAAGGACCACUGCUCACAGACAGCCAUGUUGGCUUUAAGCUGACCAUGCCCAGCCCCAUGCCCGAGUAUCUGAAUGUACACUACAUCUGUGAGUCAGCAUCUAGACUUCUCUUUCUCUCCAUGCACUGGGCACGCUCUAUCCCUGCCUUUUCAGCUCUUGGUCAGGAGGCAAACACCAGUUUGGUGCGAGCCUGCUGGAAUGAGCUGUUCACUUUGGGUCUUGCUCAGUGCGCCCAUGAGAUGAACCUGUCGACCAUCCUUGCUGCCAUCAUCAACCACCUUCAGAGCAGCAUCCAGGAUGACAAGCUUUCGGGUGAGAGGGUGAAGCAGGUGAUGGAGCACAUUUGGAAGUUCCAGGAGUUCUGUAACAGUAUGACGAGGUUGGAGACUGACAGCUACGAAUAUGCCUACCUGAAAGCAAUAGUGUUGUUCAGCCCUGAUCACCCAGGUGUGGACAGCAGCGGGCAGAUCGAGAAGUUCCAGGAGAAAGCCUUGAUGGAGCUGCAGGACUACGUGCAGAAGACCUACCCAGAUGACACCUACAGGUGCAUGCAUACCUCCAGUCUAACCAGUCAGCUCAUCCUCCCCACCAUAGUGGUAGCAGUAAACCAUAGUGAAUUACAGGUGAUCGUUGUGAAAGUUGACCCGUAUCCUGACUCGUCUCCCAGCCCUGCGCCUCAUGAACUCGGGCAUCACAGAGGAGCUCUUUUUCACUGGCCUGAUAGGUAAUGUCUCUAUUGACAGCAUCAUUCCCUACAUCCUCAAGAUGGAGACGGCUGAGUAUAACAGCCAGGACUCUGACCCUACAGAAUGACACCCCAUCAUUCCAGCACCCAGAACUCAAUAAAAGAUGAGGGAGUCUCCACAUCAGGUAGUGUUGUUUGUGUCUCGUGGGGAUUACCGUUGAACCCCAGUUUAAGGUCCUGCAGCCGCCCCUUGUUUUGUAUCGAUGCAUAGUGCAAAGUUGUUCAGGAAUCCUUGGUAGAUUAAGAUAAUUGGGGAUUAGAAAACCAGGAUGACACUUAGAAUGUUUUCUGGAGCUGACACAGUGUGGCAUUCUUACAUUUCUGGCUCUAAACUCAGUACCUUUGUACUGAAUGGAAAAGGAAUCCUCCACAGCUGCAACUGUUCUAAUCUCCUUUAAUGUCUUUAUGGCACUUCAACCCAAUCACAUAUGUACUUUACCUUUUGACCUGAGCCUUUCAGAUUGUUGUAGUCUUAUCUAAGCCUUACCAUGCUCUCAUAUUUAUCUCAUACAUCAUAUCGCAUUAGUUUGCAGAUAACAGAUGAGCUGCAUCGACAAGCUCAAACAGAAAUCUUCCAUGUAAAAGUGAAAUUUCACCUAUUUAAAAGUCUAAAGACUAAAGUAAAUCUGAGUACUUACUUUAAAAGUGUACUUUGAAGCUGUUAAGUAUUUGUUUAUCUUGGUAUUUUGGAACAUUGGAGCAGCAUAAACUUGUAUUUGAAUGAAUGUGCUGCUAAAUUGAGAAUUCAGGCAUUUACAAAGACUAAGUAUAACUUCUCUGAACGUCAUACCACAAUAGGAGUAAUAGUACCAUGCUGCAAUGAUUGUCUCUCUUUUCAAAUUUCAAAUUGAC